CCGGAUGAGCUCUCAUCUCGAUCUCAACAAAUUCAAACAAGGAAACGGCCCCGACGUGGCCAAUCCAGGAUACCCCAAACGGUAUAAAAGACCCUGACGCAAGUCUCAGAAUCAGAACGUCGAAGCGAGAGCUUGUGAACCCAGCGAAGCCCUCCUCUCCUCAGACCUCCAAGAUGAGACUCUCCAUCCUCUCCGUGCUGCUGGCCGUGGCGCUCUUCUCCGAGUGCUUCUCGCCGUCCGGCUCCACCCCGCUGAGCAAAACCGAGGACUCCGGCCCAGAGCCAGACGCGUUGCUCGCCGACGAUCCGUCCGAAGACCCCGGCCGCCUGGGGAGCACCAGGAUCAUCGUGGUGGGCGACGCGGGGCUCUGGAGGGGCAUGAGGGGUCUGGACAGACUGCCGCUGUACAGGCAGAGCGUCCUGGAGCGCAGGGAGGGGAAGGAUGCCCAGGACCCCAGCCUCUCCGUCUACAGGAGGGACACCAUGAGGUGCAUGGUGGGGAGGGUGUACCGGCCAUGCUGGGAGGCCUAGAGAGGCCUCCGUGCCUGCUGCCUUCCAGGCCUCCACCUUGGACCCUCCACCCUGGACCCUCCACCCUGGACCCUCCACCCUGGACCCUCCACCCUGGACCCUCCACCCUAGACCCUCCACCCUGGACCCUCCAGCCUGGACCCUCCACCCUGGACCCUCCACCCUGGACCCUCCACCCUAGACCCUCCACCCUGGACCCUCCACCCUGGACCCUCCACCCUGGACCCUCCACCCUGGACCCUCCAGCCUGGACCCUCCACCCUGGACCCUCCAGCCUGGACCCUCCACCCUAGAUCCUCCAUGCCCUCCACCCUAGAUACCCUUCAUCUUGGAUCCAACAUCGACUCUCCCCCUUCGCACCUCCCCUCUCGUCUCCUCUCUCUGAGGGGCGGACGGAUCGUCGGUGCUGCAUCCUGUUCUGCCUAACCUCCAGUUGUAUCAUAGUCCGACGAUGUUAGUUGUGUGUGUCUAUCUUGACGAAUCAACAUCCGCAGUUAAACAAUUAAAUGACAGAAA